UCCUCUCAACAAUCAAAUGCUUCAGAAUAUUUCUACCCUUUCUCAACCUUGGAAUGUCUGAAAUUUCAGUUUUUUGUUCAACCCACUGCAGCAGGGACACUAGCACACUCAUUAUCAAAACUGAAGUUGUUUUUUGUUUGAUUGAUUAUUGCUUUUCAAUUUAUCUAUAAGUCAAUCGAUCAAAUGUUUGAAUGCUCUGUGUUGAUGCUCUGUUCCUACUGAAGAUAAUCUGUUCCACCCCCCAACUGGUUUUGGUAAUGUGUUUGUUUGAUUAUUGCUUUUUGAAUGCUCUGUGUUGAUGCUCUAUCCCCACUGAAGAUUCUGUUCCACCCCCCAACUGGUUUUGGUAAUGGUGGUGGUGUGAUAGGAACUUUCUCUAGAUAAGUUGUUGAUAGCUGAGUCCAUGGAUAACUGUUAGCGGAUGCACAAACCCAGGAGGACAGAAGUGAUAUGGUUGUAGCUGCAAGCACAACCCACCGAUUAUGAAAACAGGAAAAGGAUACAUUGAUAGGGGAAGGUGGGAACUAAAGCCAUCGAGAGGAAUGAGAGAGGUCCCCUUAGUAUCAUUUCUCCUAUUAGCUAUGAUAUCAAUAUAGGUUGAAAAACCAGCAAAGCAGCCUUUGCUUGGCUAACACUGCUUCGUACUUAUGAAGAGAAGGGCAGCUUUGUUAGAGGGAGUUGGGUAUUGGUGGUCCAUAUUCUACGUACACAGAAGUGUUGAUGUGCAUGUGUCACUAGUAGCCAUUACUGCUAAGUCAACGCAGAGCUUUAUGGAGAUCAAACCAUCAGUUUUUUGUUUCUUUUACCACAAUCAAAUAGGUAAUAUGUUGCCUUUCCAAUAUUUGGCUUCAGCCAGUAAGGUCCAUGCACUCCUUAUAUAUAUUGAGAAUAUUCAAAGUGAAGAUCUCUCCUUUUCUUUUUUAUGGUAUUUCCUUGACCACAUGUGCUCUUAUAUUUGAUGUGAUUGAUUGCAAUGCCCUUCCUUAACAUUACUACUCUGUAGGUUUGAUUUGGAGUGGCAAAAAAUGAUACGAUGGUGCACUUUUAAUCAACACUGUCCCACUAAAACCCACCCUUGUGACUUAACUUUCUGAAUAAAAAAAUAUACCUUGAAGAAUGGUCAUGACAAACUUUCAUGACAUUCUCUAGAUGCAAAUACAUUGAGAAUGAGCUAUUGACCUUGGUUGACUCCAGAGAUAACCCCACUAGACCUGAUAACAUUGGUGUUGGACUUGGUUUUACUUUUAAUUUGCUUAUAUGCUUGUUUCUACUCAUUUCAAGCACCUUAGUUGGUAAAUGAGAAAGAUUUUGAUGUGCAAACUGAUGCACUGAUGUGCAGACAAUCAAUGAAUUCACUUAACCUAUCUCCUUCAAUGUAUUACAUAAUUCUCCUUCAUCUUCUAUAAGGAUUGAAUUGAGAUGAUCUUUCUUCGUUUUCAUCUUCAUUUUGUUGUUAGUAGGCUGGUGGAUAAAACUGUUUUGAGGUCAGGUCUGUGGCAUCCAUCGCUGGGUGACUUCUGGUUUUUUUUUUUUUUUUUCCAUACAGAUAUUAGUUGAUUCGGAAAGGAAAAUGAUUUGUAUUUUUCAGUUAAUCGAGAAAGUGAAACAGUGCCUUAGGACAGUUGACAUACUAGAAGGUAAAAAACUAGCUACUGAUGGCAGAGAGGGAGGAGGGAGAUGAGGAAUUGCCAAGGGAUGCAAAGAUAGUGAAAUCAUUGUUGAAAUCAAUGGGUGUCCGGGAAUAUGAGCCUCGUGUGGUGCACCAGUUCCUUGAACUGUGGUAUCGUUAUGUUGGUGAUGUUUUGACAGAUGCCUUGGUGUACUCCGAGCAUGCUGGCAAGCCUGCAAUUGACUGUGAUGAUGUCAAGCUUGCCAUCCAGACAAAAGUCAACUUCAGCUUCUCACAACCCCCUCCUCGAGAGGUUCUACUCGAGUUGGCUAGGACCAGGAACAAAACCCCAUUGCCAAAGUCUAUUGCUGGGCCAGGGAUCCCGCUCCCACCUGAACAGGACACAUUGAUCAGCCCAAAUUACCAGCUUGCGAUGCCCAAGAAGCAAAUUUCUCAAACAGUUGAAGAAACAGAGGAAGAUGAAGAGGCAACUACAACUAACCCAAAUCCUCCCCAAGAAUCAACAACAGACAUGCAGAUGCAAACUCCCCAAAAGGUGUCAUUUCCCCUUCAGGCAAAGCGUCCAAGGUAGGGUUGUCGACAGUCAACUAGACAGCUUGUUCAUUAAUUUGGUUUGAGCAGUCAGCACUGCUUGUUUAUGGCUAUAUGUUCUGUAUAUUAUAUAGGUAUUAUGAAUAUUUAUUCUGAAUAAAAGUAGGUGAGUUUUCAUA